AUGCCUGGUUCUGGUUCUUCUGUAAUCGUGUUUUGGACGGCUGGAUUUCUGAAACGCAAGGCGAAGGUCCAAUGUGAUAGAAACAUAAACGACUGUACCCCGGAUUGUAGUAAUGAGUUGUCCGAUACAUUAUUAAAAAAUACGGAAAGUAGUGAUGACAGCACUGAUAGCAGGAUUAACGACAACGAGGAGAGUAUUAAAGUUAUUAACAAAAAUGAGGAAAACAUGGUCGAUGAUCUGAAAUUAAGCCUAGUUUCCGCUUCAACAUCUACCGACAAUGCUGAUAUAGAAUUUCCAAGCGAUCCGUUUUUAUUUAAGGAUACAAUUUUAAAUCCCGAAAAAAUUCGAGAAAUGAUUUCUAUAGGCGCUUGUCAGCCGGGUUUAAAUGACAAUUUUAAUUUUCCGGUUGAUUCGCAUAAUCGGCGGUUUAAGCCAAAUUGGUAUAAAUCAGAGGGAAAGUUGAGGAACUGGCUUAUUUAUUCUCCAAGGGCUAACUGCCUAUUUUGUUUUUCCUGUUGGCUUUAUGCAUCAUUAAAUUUGACAGUAUGGUCGGACCCCAAUCAAGGUUUCAAGAACUUUAAAAAAGGACCGGAAAAAAUUAAGCAACACGAGGAAAGUCAGUUGCAUCGAUCCCUACACAACAAGUUUUUAAUAACCAAACUUCGGCUUUAUACUACCAUUAUUCAAGAGCAAUGGAAUUUUGAAAAAAAAAGGAAAUUGAAAGAAAUAGAGAUGCCCUAA